GCACAAAUAUGCCCAUUCGAUGUGCAACGGAUCAUCAUGUCUUUCCUUGCACGCCGGGCUGCAGCCUGUAUGGCGUUAUCUUGCAGGAAUUGGCUAUAUGCCUCCAGAGAGCGACUCUAUCGACUAACAUCAUGGAAUUCAACGGAUGAGUUGGGUACGGGGGAACUUUUGGAUCGCACGCUCAAUGGAUCGGCAGAAAUACGGGACUUGAUAAGGUUCCUCUGCAUAUACAGUCACUCAUCAUUCCGGGUGGUGAGAAGAAGUCGGCCUCUUCCCCAUUGGUUGACUUUGUUGCCAGCGAGUAAUGUGCAACAUGUCAAAUUACAACUCUCGUCCACUCAAUGGACAUCAUACGUGUUAUCCCUGCCUUUCAUAAGUCGCAUUCACACACUCUCCCUGAAAUUUAAGUACGAGAUGGAAGGGAACGAGGUGGAAAGAUUUGUGAAUUUGCCUAAUUUAAGGCGCUUAUGGGUCACGUUCGAGUUCAUCCCUCGGUACGGUCCGCUGGAUCUACAUCUGCAUCCUCCCCUAUCACACAUAGGCCAUCUGGAAGUUUCCAGUGGGGCUUUAGGCUAUAGGGAUAUCUGCCUUCUCCAGUCCUUUGGGGCCGAUGCCAACGUCGUCAGACUCUCACUUGAAUACUACGUCCUGGACAUCGAUCAGUUAUUCAACUUUGCACUUAUUCUCAAAUCCGAAUUCAGAGCUCUCCGUCAUUUUUCGAUCAAGGUUUUUCAAGCCCUUCCAUACCCAAUAAUUGAUGACAUUCUCCCGUGCCUCCCUCAGCUAGCUUUUCUUUCUUGUGGAGGUAAUCUAUACAGAGAGGGGGUGCUCCCGAAUAACCUCUCUGAAUUCCAUCUAUACACGGAUGAAUACGAAAUCCCUGGAAACGUCUUGCGUCAGUUGGAAAGCAGCCAAGAACAUGGCUCACCUUCUUCCCCUGGGCUAUCGCUCCGUAAAUUUGGCGUUUCGGGCCUAGCUGUGGUUGAAGAGGAAAGGGUGUGGGAGUUACGCGAUAGGUGUACAGAGCUUGGUGUGGAGUUCAUACACAAUCGUAGUGGUCCGGAUCCUAUCUCAAGCUGGGAUGACCUCGAGAAUGAUUGGUUCCCCGAGUGUUGACAGUCGAGAGUUGGCCGGAGCCCCUGUCACACUGCUAUGGUACCAGCAUGACCAGUACUUGUCUCCUGAAGAGUCACUAGCUCAGCGCUAGGGCCUCGGCAUGGUGGACGGGUUGUUAUACUAUCUUGAUCGCGCUUGAGCCAAGAAUGUUGACUGCAACGUAUAAUAAGUUGCAAUGUCUGCGAAGCCCAUAUGAUACUAUGCUCGUGCAUAUAUGGUUACAAACUUUUCCGUAGUCUUCGUGUGAUUUUGGGUUCCUUGUAUUCUAAAUCGAUAACAUGGGUGUUCCCAUAUACCUACGGCCACCUCGCAUGCAUGGUCGGCAUGGCAGUCCGUUCGGAUAUAUUAUAUUCUCAUGCAGCAUCGCAUUACAGUGCUCAACUACUGGCUCCCAGUUAUUCUCGAAGAAGUAGAGCGAUGACAAAUUGACCGGAGAUCCCAAGUGUCGACGAACAGAAACUUCAGAGAAACUGGGGCGGGCAAG